GCGACGCCCGUUGCUCGCAUCGCGCCGCCGCCGACGCUAACCCUCAGCAUACACACGUGUAUGAGUGUACUAUAUGUGCGUGUGCGUUGAUGGUAAUCGACGACCUACGAUACGCGAAGAACUAAAACAAAACUUGGAUUUAACCGCGCGCAGCGUAAAUAUUUAUCGGCAAACAACUUGCAAAUAUUCAAACUGCCACUGUGAAGACUUUCAGAAAAACCCGGAACUGCCAGCAGGAGGUGAAAAAUAAUGGGAGCGGCCUUGGUAGAAGUCGCUAUUUGAACUGACGAGGGUUUCCAAAGGCAGGAAAAAAACCCAGGCAAUGAUGGUUCGUGUUGCAACGUCCGUCAAUCAUGUCGUUCUGUUGUUGAUGGUCAUCAAUCUCAUCGCAAUCACGAGUACGACUAAAUUUUAUCAUGGAUUCCAAUCAGAUAAAAUAGAAUUUCGAGCAGAAAGAAGUAUUGAUGAUGCCAAACCAAGUGAAACUCGAAAAAAUGUUGAGAAGACAAAUGGAAAAGUCUUUGACAAGCAGGGAAGUGAAAAGAACAGUCGAUCAAAUGUCUUCUCCACUGAGAACUCAACAAUCGUCUGGGCGCAAAUUGGUGGCACCGCGUCAUUACCAUGCGUGGUGAAAAAAAAUAGUGGAACGGUAUUGUGGCUACGUCAAUGGCCAUCGGCGACGCCGUCGACGCUGCUCUCCGUCGGCGUCAGCAAGCACACUGCCGACGAUCGCUAUUACGUCGAGCACAUUCGCCACUUGCAGAAUUGGGGGCUCGUCAUUAAGCAUGUGCACGUCGAGGAUGAGGGUGUCUACAAGUGUCAAGUUUCCACGCAUCCACCGACCAUUAUCCUCAUUCAUUUGAAGGUUACCAAAGCCUACGCGGAGAUCUUGGGCGCGCCCGAUUUGCAUCUGCGUGCCGGUUCCACACUGCACUUGGCGUGCCAGAUAAGGCAGUCGACCGAACCGCCCGAGUACGUGUUCUGGUAUCACGAGGACAGGAUGAUCAAUUACGAUGCGGGCGUGCAGGCGCUGACUAAUUCGGCGUCGAACGUCCUAAUCGUCCCGGACGCCGACAAAUCGCACGACGGCAAUUACACUUGCAAGCCGUCGAAUGCCGUGCCGGCGCACAUCAACGUCCACGUGCUGAACGCCACCGAAGAGGAGAAUCCGGCGGCCAUGUUGCACGCAAAUGGAGCUUCCAUCAUCACAAUGAACCUCUUCUACCACAUCAUUAUUACAAUGAUGAGCAUAUUCAUUGGAAGAGUAUCCAACAGUUGAAUAAUUCACUAUUAUUAUAAAACUUAAAUAAAAAAUAAAAAAUUAAAUUUUGAAUGGAAAAAAAGUGAUAUGAUGAUAUGAUGGACAUUAGAAAUGUCGGAACGUAAUCAUAAAUUUUAGUAAUUACAAUAUCUAUACAGUAAUCUAUCUCAUUACAUCUCUUUGGAAUCAUUAAUGGCUUAAUGGUAAUAAAAUGAUUGUAUGUAGCAUUAUAAAUACAGAAAGCCAUUUAAAAAUGAUAAAAUUUAAACAAUUUAAUACUUAAACGGAUUUAUAAGGGUUGGAAUCCAUAGUGAACGAUAAUGUUUUUAUUAAAUCAAGGAAUUAAACAUAAUUAUUUUUGUAAAAUAAAAUAUGUACAUAUUUAAAAUAUUUUUAUCCUGUUUUGUACUAUGUAUCGUUUGUGAUUUAUUGAAAUAAUUAAAGUGUAAAUUUAUUAUUCAUAAAUAGGCUAACGUUAAUACAGAGAAUUAUAAACAAAGCGUCAUUCAUUUA